CAAACUUUACCAUUCAGAAAUUGUCCUAGCAUCAAACAUAAACGUCAAUUUAGUUCUUUUAGAGGUGGCACUAUUGUAGCGGAAACACUUGAUCUGUCUUUCUGAAGUUUUUUUCGAAAUAAAUCGCCUGCAAUGUCUAAAAGAGGACGAGGAGGUUCAGCCGGAGGAAAAUUCCGCAUUUCGCUGGGUUUGCCAGUAGGAGCAGUAAUGAACUGUGCAGAUAACACUGGUGCCAAAAAUCUGUACGUCAUCGCUGUCCAUGGCAUUCGUGGUCGCUUAAACAGAUUACCCGCAGCUGGUGUUGGUGACAUGUUCGUUGCUACCGUCAAAAAGGGUAAACCAGAAUUGCGAAAGAAGGUAAUGCCAGCCGUUGUCAUCCGACAACGUAAACCAUUCAGAAGGCGUGAUGGUGUGUUCAUAUACUUCGAAGACAAUGCUGGCGUUAUCGUAAACAACAAAGGUGAAAUGAAAGGAUCAGCUAUCACCGGGCCAGUGGCGAAGGAGUGCGCUGAUCUUUGGCCGCGUAUCGCAUCGAAUGCUAGUUCCAUAGCAUAAUUUGAUAUAUGACCGAUAAGCCACAAUAAAAUCUUCACAAAUGGAGAA